AUGGCUCGUACGAUCAAGAUUGCGGCUGCACAAUUAGGCCCGAAUCACCUCACGUCGAGGCGAGAGGAGGUUGUUGAUGGAAUGCUGCGGCUUCUCGUGGAGCUUGAAAUGUACUUCGAGCAUGGAAAUCUUCUCGCGUCUCCUACUACGGCAGCAUUUUUCAGCGAAGCGAAAAACCUCUCUAUGGAUGUGAGUAUUGGCUUCGCAGAACGUACGCCUGAAGGCGAAUGUUCAACACGUCAAUCUACUAUUCUGCUUCUACACACUCCAUCCUCAGCAAGUACCGCAAAACCCACCUCCCAGGGUUCGUGGAUCCUCUACCUGAUCCGAACGCAAUCAAUCAACUCGAGAAGAGAUAUUUCCAGCCAGGAGACCUUGGCUUCACCGCAUUCCGAGCUCCAGCCCUGGUUGCGAUUACCACUGAACAUUCUGACUCUAAAGAUUCCAAGGUCAUCUAGCGAAGGAGAAUCCAGGCGAGGUGACCCAAUCUUUGGAAUGAUUAUCUGCAACGACCGUCGAUGGCCUGAAGCCUGGCGUUGUCUUGCCUUGCAAGGCACCGAAGUUGUGUUUUGUGGUUACAACACUCAAGGUUACUGCCCGGAGCUCGCUGGGACAUCGCCCCAUAAGCCUCAAUCUAAGGCUGAAGCAGAAGCUGCCGCACUCGUAGACCACUUGCUUGUCAUGCAGUCUAACUGCUACCUGAAAAGUGUCUUCGGAGUGUGCGCAGCAAAGGCCGGGCUGGAGGAUGGGAAAUUUGAUCUUAUUGGUGGAAGUUGCAUCAUCGACCCCAAGGGUAGGAUCCUAGCAAUGGCUGAGAAUAGAGGUGAUGAGGUUAUCGUCGCAGAUUGUGACCUGAAUGAAGUCAAGUAUGGCCGCAGCGCUAUUUUCGAUUUUGAUAGGCAUCGAAGAGUCGAAGCAUAUGGGCUGAUCACAUGCCAAACUGGAGUCGUCGAGCCCCCAUUCCUAUGA